AUGAAGGAUUUUGUGGCGUUACAAUCAUCUUUUUGUGUGUGCAUGAUUUGCUUUUCUGAGCAAAAGUCAGUGUCCGUAAGAUAUACUUCUUCUAUAUUCUGGGCUGUGAUUGAACCGACUCUACUUGGUCAAAAUCACUCUUUGCAUUCUGAUACAGUGUCUCUGGAAACUGGUUGUCCUGUAACAAACAUAGCUGAGAAAGGAUAUGAGUUUAAUUACCUUGUCACCAAGUGUGGAAUUCAGAAAGAGGUUUUCUCCUAUGGAGUGAUUUUUUAUUCAGUUCUCCACUGUACCAUCAUGCACAAAGGAGUCACUGGAAAAAUCUCUUUAAUGUGUCUUGUUCCCAGAUUAUCCUUCUUAGAUACCACUCCAAACACUGUUGACAACAGUCUUACAAAGUCUGAAAAUGAUCUUCCCUCUGCCAAUUCUGGCCUUUCCUGGAACAUAACCAACACUUGCCGGUUUGAAUUGCCUUGGGUUCCGUACUUCCAAGACCCCUUGGUGAAGCCAUCCCAUCAGUCACUUCUACUUAAAAUGUCUCAUUCUUUAGUCUAUGAGAGUGCAAACAUGGCUGCAUUCUAG